AUGUUACAGUUCGUAUGCCUAGUUCUUGUUAUCGCGGUAGUCUCCUCCGUCAAGUUUGAAUUCAGAAACCGUGAACACGGGACAAUCUGGAUUGGAAUCCAAGGAAAUCCUGGUCAUCCCCAUCUAAAAGGUGGAGGGUUCAAACUGGCUCGAGGGCACUCGAGAACAGUUAUAGCUCCCGAUAAGUGGGCUGGACGUUUUUGGGGAAGAACUUGGUGUAACGAUCGUUCAAACCAUUGCCUAACAGGUGAUUGUGGUAAUAAAGUACAAUGUAAUGGAGCUGGAGGAGUACCGCCAGUUUCUCUAGCUGAAAUUACAUUAAAAGGAGCUGGAGGACUUGAUUUCUAUGAUAUUUCUUUCGUUGAUGGAUUUAACAUACCUAUUAGUUUUGGACCUAUAGGAGGACGGGGAGAUGGUGGCAAAUACAGUUGCAGAAAGGCUCAAUGCCGUAAACCUCUUAACGACCGUUGUCCCAAGGAACUCAAAUUAAAGAGUUCAAAUGGACAUACCCUAGCAUGUAAAUCAGCUUGCCUUGCUUUCAACACAGACCAAUACUGUUGCAGAAAUAAUUUCAGAACACCCAAAACUUGCAAGAGUUCAACUUGGCCAAGGAACUACCCCCAGCAAGUAUUUAAAUCUCAAUGCCCAGAUGCUUACAGCUAUGCUUACGAUGACCACAAGAGUACCUUCACGUGUAAGGCUUCGAAAUAUAUUGUGCAAUUUGGUGUAUAA